AUGACUUUGCCCAUCUCACAAACAACAUCUCUCGAUAGCACUCUACCUUUUCAAGACACUAAUUAUUACAAAACAAGAGAAGACAUGGAACAAUCAACUGCUCGCCAUCAAGGGGAUUGCGCAGAUAAGCUAACUGCCGCAGUACGCGACCUAAUCACGACAUAUGAUGAGCUGAACGCUGCUCUCAUUGAUGAGUUGUAUGAAGAGCCGAGUGCUCUCGAAUUCAUGCAAUAUGUCGCCAGUAAUCGGCCAUUUGUUGUAAGAAAAGCUGCCGAGGAUUGGGCAGCUGUCCAAAAGUGGGACUCGCACUAUCUUCUCAAAGUUCUUGGUGACAGCCUUGUCAAUGUAGCCAUUACACCUUUCGGCAACGCAGAUGCAGUGUUGAAGGAAGACGACGGUUCACUAUCCUACGUGAAGCCGCUCGAAAGACUAGAGCCCUUCGACAAGGUCGUACGCUACAUCGCAGAACAAGAAUCAAAUCAAUCAGAAACAUCUUCACCCAUCAAAUAUGCUCAGACUCAAAAUGACAACCUCCGCAACGAGUACUCCUCUCUCUUCGAAGACGUCCCCUCUGAUAUCCCAUUCGCUCGUAUCGCCUUGCGCAAGAAGCCCGAGGCCGUCAACUUUUGGCUCGGCAAUAGUCUCUCUACCACCUCCCUCCACAAAGACAAUUACGAAAACCUUUAUGUCCAAGUGCGAGGUCAGAAGCAUUUUGUCAUUAUGCCUCCUGUGGCAGCCGCUGCUGUGAAUGAGCAGAACAUCCCUGGAACCACAUACAUCUCGACGAAUGAGGAUGAGAAGGCAGAGUUAAAGAUUGAUGAUCUCGAGCAUGUGCUCGAUGAGCCUGAAUUGAUCGUUCCUGUGCCCACUUGGGAUCCAGAUUUCCCUGACAUUAGGCCAACAACAUACUCGAAGCUUGUCACACCAAUGAGGGUCACACUCAAUGAGGGCGACAUGAUGUAUCUGCCGGCUAUGUGGUAUCACAAAGUUGGGCAGAGUUGUGGUGACGAAGGGUAUUGCUGUGCGGUCAACUACUGGUAUGAUAUGGAGUUUGGCGGAUCCUUUUGGGCUUCGAAUGCCUUUUUCCGAGAUGUCGCGAGAGUAGUCAACAACUGA